AUGUCGGCAAGCUCACGGGUGAACAAGCUCUUGGACGUUUCAGGUUUCACGAAAUUGUUGGCAUCAAAUACGGAGGCGACCCGACCCAUUUUCCUGCGCAAACACCUGCUCGAUGUGCACAAGGUGGCGGUUGAUGUUUUGUCCGCUAGUGUUGAAAAGGAUGCCAAGCGCUUGGUCUCCUUGGUCGGAUGCCCCGGAACUGGCAAGACGUGGUGCGGCUGGUUGGUUGCCCAUGCCUUGCAGAAAGCAGGGAGGGGGACACUGCAUGUCACCAUCAGAGGCCAUGAGGUGAUUGUGGUGUCCGAGUUCAAGAGCAAGAAGACGCAUGAGAUCGCAGAUUGGAACUAUUUCAUGCUGAAGCAAGUCCUGAACGAGAACCAGUGCGAUGUUUGCAUCAUCGAUGUGGGGAACAAGACCCCCGCCGAAUCCAAUUACAUUUUUCAAGGUGUGCGCACCAUUCUGGAGAGCAGCGCUGAGCCGAAGCCCUUCCCGAAGGUCAAGUUCAUGGGCUUGGUUUCUGGACAUGGCGAGGAGACCAUAGUCGGCAAAGAUGGGUUGGACGAGUGCACCCAAAGGCUGGUUCUGUGGAGUUGGUCCGAGCAAGAGUUCAACGCUUACUAUGAGGCUGUCAAGAUGGAUGGCAAAGCCGAGCAGUUGCACGAGAAAGCCUAUGGCACAUGUGGAGGUUCCGUUCGUUACUGGUUCAAGACCGAGAGGGACCAGGCUAAGUUGGACAGGGACGUGGAGCAACUAAGCCCUCAAGACAUGCAGAGGUUUCUGACUCCAGAUCAUCGCCCCACCUCGAACGCAAAUCACCACGAGCACUCGCGACUGUUGGCUUUCUUUCGCAAGCCGAAUUCGCCCGAGGAUGACUUCAAGCGUGGUGUUGUGUCCGCUUACAUCGUGCCUCGCUCAGAAUACGUCAUCCGCAGCAUCAGAGCACACAAGAAGUGCAGUUUCUCGCAGUUCAAAAAGAUGUAUGAGGUGCUGCUGCCUCUGAACCCGGGCGCUGCCGGAACGCCGUUUGAGAUUCUCGUGCAUUACUUCUGGGAGGAGCGCAUCAAUGAGAAGGGCAACACGACGUUGCAAAUGACUGACCAGCAUGGCGAGGUGCAGACAACCAUAUCAGUGAACUGUGCUGAGUUGAGGACUGUGGCUGAAUGUGAUCCUGUUGAGUCUUGGGACGACAAAGACGCUGUAGAUGCGAACCUGUUGGGGUAUUUUACUUCAAACAACAAGAAUAACUACCCCAGACUGGACAGCAUUUUGCGCUACAAGAUUGCUGACCAGACAAAAGUUCUUGCAAUCCAGGUGAGCAUUGGCAAGGAGCACACGCAGGGAGACAAACCAAACAACGCGCUGCUGCAUGAAAAAGGUGAGAAGACAACACUGGCACUGUGGGAUCACCGCGACAAGGGCAGGAAGUGUGUGUGGAAAAGCCACGCGUCCGAGGAUUGGGAGUUGGUUUAUGUCCGCUGUAGAGAGUUCGAUGACAAGAUGAGGCACAGUUGA